AUGGAGAAGAGCAAAAUAAAAGUGGUUUACGAAUAUUGCCGUGCUAUAUUUUCUCAGAAGGGGCUUCCAACAUUUCACCAACUCCAGCAUCUGAAAAACCAACUUGACAGAAUCGAAGCUAAAGAUGUCGGGAUCGACGAGUUUGGGUCGCGUGAUUCUGCCAUAGCUAUCCAGGAAGCUGGAGGCAGCAGGGGAUUGCUAUGUGGACAAGGCUUCUCGGAGAUUACAUACAUUCAUAUUCACGAAUGUGAAAGUUUCUCUAUCGGAGUGUUCUGUUUGCCAGCAGGAAAAACGUUUCCACUGCAUGAUCAUCCGGGAAUGACAGUUCUAAGCAAACUCCCCUAUGGCUCAGUUCACGUCAAAGCUUAUGAUUGGAUCAAAGUGGACGAGGAACUUGAACAAGUGCUUGAAUUAACGUUGUGGCCGGGUGUGGUAGGUUUGGCAGGGAGAGUGAUAGAUGGAAUAAUGAAAGCACCACAAGAGGCAUCCAUAUUAUUUCCCACAAGUGGAGGCAACAUCCAUGGCUUCACUGCGUUGACGCCAUGCGCCAUUCUGGACGUGCUCUCUCCGCCAUACUCUGAAGAUUUUGGAAGGCCUUCCACAUACUUCUCUGACUUCCCUCUUCCUUUCCCUUCUUCUGGUUAUGCCGUGCUUGAGGCCAUACCUCUGCCUUCAGACCUAGUUGUGAGAGGAGCGCCGUAUCUUGGACCUCCGGUUGCAGCACAAUACUGCUCUUAUCAGUAG